GGGGUCCUUUUUUCGUAAAUUGGCGUUGAACAGGCGGUAAAUGCAAUUUACCCUAUUGUCAGUUUCAAUUUCGCCGGUAAUUGAUAAAUCAAACGCCAUUCGUAGCGAUCUCUUUAGGAACAGAGACACUUCUCUCUCCAUCUCUCCCAAUCCAUUGCCUACCCAAAUUCUCAUAACCCCUUUGCAUUUGCCGUCGAUCUUCCACAACUGAAUCAGAAGUUUGAAAGCUAUAGAGAUUUCUUAAAGUGGCAGUUGUCCUGUAUUCUUCUAGCGUUGCUCAAGAAAUUGGUUUCUGCCUAGAGUUGAGCAAAUUAAAAUUUUGAUGGGAACCUUUCAUCGAAGUGGGGUUGCUAAGAAGUCUAAUGAUGCUGCUCGACUCUUUAUGACAACCAUAAUGGGAAUGGUGCUGGGUUAUUUUAUAGGUGUUUCCUUUCAGUCUGUUUCGUUAAAUAAGAAGAUAAAUGUAUCUCCAAGUUUAGUGACAUCUCUUGAUGUAACCUUAAAUGAUGAUAGUCAUAGUUUUCCUGACAACCGUGACUCUGGAAGUACUCCUUUAACACCCAAGAUCUAUGCUCCUAUGAAUCCACGGGGUGCAGAGUCUUUGCCACCAGGAAUUGUUGUCUCAGAAUCAGAUUUAUAUUUGCGAAGAUUAUGGGGCGAGCCUAGUGAGGAUCUGAAAAAGAAGCCAAAGUACCUUGUUACAUUUACAGUUGGUGUGAAUCAAAAAGCCAAUAUUGAUGCAGCUGUGAAGAAGUUUUCAGAGGACUUCCAAAUACUGCUUUUUCAUUAUGAUGGCCGGACGAGUGAAUGGGAGCAAUUUGAGUGGUCACGUCGUGCCAUACAUGUCAGUGUUAGGAAACAAACAAAAUGGUGGUAUGCAAAGAGAUUCCUACACCCGGAUGUCGUAGCCGCUUAUGAGUACAUCUUCAUUUGGGAUGAAGAUCUCGGAGUUGAACACUUUGAUGCUCAGAAGUACAUUCAGUUGGUUAAGAAAUACGGUUUAGAUAUUUCCCAGCCUGGUUUAGAACCUAACAAUGGAUUGACGUGGCAAAUGACCAAGAGAAGAGGUGACAUAGAAGUUCACAAGGAUACAGAGGAGAGACCAGGCUGGUGCAGUGAUCCGCGUUUGCCUCCAUGUGCUGCCUUCGUCGAAAUUAUGGCUCCAGUAUUCUCCCGUGAAGCUUGGAGAUGUGUUUGGCAUUUGAUCCAGAAUGAUUUAGUACAUGGAUGGGGGUUAGAUUUUGCAUUAAGAAGAUGUGUCAGUCCAGCACAUGAAAAAAUUGGUGUUGUUGACUCUCAGUGGAUUGUGCAUCAGGUCAUUCCAUCACUAGGAAGUCAGGGAGUGUCUGAGAAUGGGAAAGCACCAUGGGAAGGGGUGCGUGAGAGAUGCAGAUACGAAUGGGCACUUUUUCAAGAUCGUCUUGAGACUGCAGAUAAGGAAUACUUUACAAAGUUUUAGAACAACUUUUUUCAAUUCUCGUCUAUUUUUUAUAUCUUGGGAAUUUUCCCUUGUCCCAUUUAUUCAACCCAUGAACUCAAAUGGUUUCUCAUAUAAGCAUAUUCUUUGUGUUGAGCCACGUUCCGUAGAGCGUAAAAUCUUUCUUCGGAUUUCAACUUCAGUCAUCUGUGCAGAAGUAAAUAUUAGGUUUCGAUUAGUUUUUAGGCUUGCUGAUGCACAUUAGUGAUUGGUAUAAAUCUUCUGUUCUUGCUUUGAAGUUGGGUGCCAUUUACGAACGUUACUUUUGCGUGUUAGUAGUUGACAUAUUUAUCUUGUUUGCGUUGGAUGCUAAACAUGGUUUUCUCUAUAGAGGAUGUUGAUAGUUAUUAGUGGUUGAUGGCAGUUUUUGCUUUAUUUUAUUUAUUUUUUUUCAAUUAGGUACUUGUGAGUUGUGACAAUAAUUUUUUCACAUUUUUUUUUUAUUUAAUUGAAAUUCGUUGGGUCAUUUUAUUGUCCCUAUUAAGUUGUAACCUCUCACCAAACGAUUAAAAGAAAACUCGUCAACAAUUUUGCUUGUGCAUAAAGUAGUCCUCAUUCACCUUCCAACCUUCGGUCCCAAGACUUACAUAUAUAAAAUCUAUUUAAAAUUCCACGCAAACUUAUUAUUUAUUAGUAUUUUAUCACAAAAAAUUUGGAGGGAAGUCUACCUAGUACCAGAAAAUCAGUCAGCAUAGUAAGUUUGUGUUGUCUAAUUAGGUUAACCUGUUAUUGGAGCAAAAUGUAUAAUACCCAAUAAGGUGUAUAUUUCUUUUAAUAAAAUGUAGCAAUCGUAGAUUAAUAAUAAUAUUGUCCCAAUUAGAAAUGUUCAAUUUUGAAGGAGUUGUGAUUCAUUGGAUACAGUUACAGACGUCAAAUAAAGUGAAAUGUAAACAAAACGUAUACAAGAGGACAAUAAUUUAAAUUGUUUUAGACUUGUAAUAAAUGUCACAAUACCAUUUUGAACCAUGAACCUAGAAAAAUGACUAAGUUCAUAUAAUUAAUUCAUGGUCAUUUGCCAAGAGGCUUAAAAAUAUCAAUCUCUACGUAGUUCUUUAUACAUAUAUCACUGAAGAUUUCCAAAAAGAAAAUAAUAAUAAUUAUCCAUAGUGAUGUAAUAAAUAUCCUUCCAGAUUGUUUAAAACCAUCUAAUAGCCAAAAACGAACACUGCUAAGCACCAACCACAUGGUAAUAGCCCAUAAAAGACUUGAUAUUAUUUUGCAGUCCAAUACAAGCUAAGACCUGUCUCUCUCUCUCUCUCUCUCU